UCGCUUCCGGCUUGAGACACAAACGGACGCAAACAGCGCUUUUACUACGCGCACAGAGGAGCUGAGCGACACGCAUGACAACAGAAACCUCCACAGAAAACUCUUUAUCCCCACAGCAAACUGACUCAGGGGUUUUUAACCACUAAACCAGAAGGGCAGCCUGUGGAGUAGACAAAAAAAGAGAGACAUUUUGUGGAUUUUUUAUGUGUGGAAAAAAGGUGAAGACGCACAGAGACCCGGCGGUAGCGUCGAACAAGUUGGUUUAUGGAAGAAAGCAAAAACGCACGGGAGAAUAAGUGAUCAGACUAAAAAAGUUUUGCCCUGCAUUGGAAGCUGUGCCUUUUUUUGUUUUGUUUUGUCAAUCUGGAAAAGCACGGAGGAGACUCAUCCUAUUUUUAUUAUUACAGUGGAGAUCAGACAGUGAUAGUAUUAGAGCAAUAAAAGUGUCCAGGAGAGGAGAGACCCUGCAGGAGGAGGAGGAGGAGGAGGAGAAGCGGUGGGUGCUGCGUGGGUCUGCUACUGCUGACUGAACGCAGAGGAAACACUGAUCGUCAUUCUCUGGACCUCCCUGCAGCUCCAGGGGAGAUUGUCAGAUGUGUGCCCAGCACUUAAAGCCCCUGGCCCGGCCGCGGGGAUGGCAGCCUCUGCCCUGAACCUCAACGGCCUCGGAGUCAUGAACAGUAGUAACCAGUUUCACACACAGCCAGGCUCCUCUAAUACCGCUUCCCGAGCUAGAACCAGCCCAGUUGGUCGUCCCGUUCUGCCGGUUCCAGAUCGAAGCACUUAUUGCCAACUACUGGGUGGAGGUCACUACAGCCCAACCAGUCCCAAGACAAGUCAUCAAACACGGGGUCGAACCUUUGUUUUCCCCACUUCGCCCUCCUCGCUCUCUCCAAGCCCCACCCCUCGUGCUCGAUCUCCCUCCCCGCGAAGCCCGGAGCUGCUUGGAGUCAAUGUGGGCCAGCGGGUCCGACGCCUGAGCUCGCCCGGCUGUGAGGACAGAGGCGAAGCAGAAGGGCAGGAGGAGAGGGGAGGAGAGCCGGGUGGAGGAGAGAAACGAGAGGAGAAACGACGCCAAGCACAGCUGCUGCAGAUUCACAGAGAGCUGCAGAACGUUGAGGUCAGAGGAAAAGUUGGUAUUUUCGAGGCCCACAUUUCCGAGAACCGUGCCCAGGUGCUCCAGCGCAGCCCUCGACCUCCAAGACGGACAACCGGUCAAAACCCCUCCCCUCCCAGUCCACAAAACGUAGAAGUCGAAUGCCCAAUGACCCACCCACAGGAGAGUAAAGUUCCCUGCGUUGUCCAAAAUGGAAGAGAAAGGGAGGAAGAAUCAACAGGAGAGAGGAGAGGAGGAGGAGGAAGAAGGGAUGAAGAUGAGAUGGACAGCAGUCCGUCUAAAACAAACACAGAGAACCAGACACUUGGUCAAAAUGGCCGCUCUUCAGACAUGGACGUGCAGACUCCCUGUUUAAACUUGAUUGUUCAGGAGUCUCCUGAGACAUUAAAUCCACAUUCAGUGGCGGAUGGAGAGAAAAAACAGGAAGAGAAGGAUGAAGAUAAAGGCAGAGGGGAGAUAGAAAACAAACAAGCAAUGCAAGAUGAAGGACAAAGGACAGAGACAGAGACAAUGAGAGAAGAUAAAGAGGAUUGCUUGCGUCCUGAGACGUUGCUCCAGGCAGAAACACAUGGGUUUGAUGCCAACCCCGAAAAUCCCUUGAUACCUCAGGUGCAAAGCAGUGAGAACACCCCCUGUUUGAUGGACUUCACUGAUCACACAUCCAACCACUCUUCCUCCGUUCCCCCCUCCAUCCCCUCAGUUAUAAUCACUGACCACGGUUUAGAAAAUCUGCCUCCAACUUCUCAAGGCCCCGGCUCAGACCCGGGACUCGCUUGCACCUCGAGCCCCAGCUCUAGCCCCGUUCCCGGCCACAACUACUCAAUUCGCUCCCUCAGGAAGCUGUCGUCCUCCUCGGCCUCCUCGGCUGGUUUUUCCUCAUCUUGGGAAGAGUCGGAGGAGGAAAUUUCCAGCGAUACGGAGAAAGAACAACUUCUCAACCCUGCGGUCCUCAGUUCUCAACAGAAAGCACACAAGUCUUGGAAGAAAAUUAAGAACAUGGUCCACUGGUCACCAUUUGUUAUGUCCUUCAAGAAGAAAUAUCCUUGGAUACAACUUGCAGGGCAUGCAGGGAGCUUCAAGGCGGGAGCCAACGGUCGCAUUUUGAAAAAACACUGUGAAUGUGAGCAGCGCUGCUUGUCCCUCCUGAUGAGGGACGUGCUUCGCCCAUACGUGCCCGGUUACCAUGGUGAUGUAGAGAAGGACGGCCAGAAAUACAACCAGAUGGAGGAUCUGCUGGCGGAGUUUGACUUCCCAUGUGUGAUGGAUUGUAAGAUGGGAGUGAGGACGUACCUGGAGGAGGAGCUGACCAAGGCUCGUAAGAAACCCUCUCCGAGACCCGACAUGUAUCAGAAAAUGAUCGAGGUGGAUCCCACGGCGCCUACGCCUGAGGAAAACACCCAGAAAGCAGUGACCAAACCCAGAUACAUGCAGUGGAGAGAGACCAUAAGCUCAACAGCCACCCUGGGUUUUAGGAUCGAGGGAGUCAAGAAGGAGGACGGGACCGUGAACAGAGAUUUUAAGAAGACGAAGACGAGAGAGCAAGUGACUGCAGCCUUUCAUGACUUUGUCAGAGGAAAUAAGGAUAUACUGAACGGUUAUCUCACCAGGCUGAAUGAAAUCAGGGACACGCUAGAGAUCUCCCCGUUCUUCAAAACCCAUGAGGUGAUCGGCAGCUCCUUGUUAUUCGUUCAUGACAGUAAGGGACGGGCCAAAGUCUGGAUGAUUGACUUUGGGAAAACCACGCCUCUUCCUGACGGGGACGAACUAACCCACCGAGCAUUGUGGGUAGAGGGGAACAGGGAAGACGGCUACCUUUUUGGACUUGAUAGUUUGGUGGACAUCAUUUCAACUAUGGUGAACUCUGAGACUUGAAGUGAACACUUAGACUCACAGCCUCUUCCAUUAAUUCCUCAUUCCUCUUGGGAACAGUUUGGACUUCCUAAAGGGCUCCUUCGUGGACUGUCAUGUUGGAAACCACGUCAUCCUCUUAACAAUGCAUGGCCAUAUCUGUCCAGAUCCAGCAUGGACCUGGGAUCCAGCUCUUCUCCAUUAAAGGCCUUCUCAUUUUGUCAUUUUUUAACGCCUCAGAAGUAGAUCUUAAUAGACACGUUCACCUGCCAGACAUGGAAAAGCACAGGUGCACAUAGUAACAUUAACCAGGACUCGAUUGAAUUACACGUCCUGGUAAAAACAGUAAAAGGCAACACAUUAUCAUUACUGUCAGUAAACACACCUGUGCUUUUCCUGCGCUGACAAGUGUAAAUGUCUGUCAUGGGAAAUGUGUAUUUUUACAUAAAUCAUCUAUAUAAUGACAGAUUCUGCUGUUUAAAGCUAAAAAUGUGUGUUUACUUCAAGUUAAAAGCUAAAACUGGUGAUUUUAUACUUUUGUUGUUGUCAGCAAUUCCCAUGAAAUGAACAAAAAACACAUCUUUUUGUAUCUCUUUACACUUUCCAAAUAUCCAUCUGUGUCUGAAACAUCCAGCCGUAAAGCCAUUCAUUGUUACUGAACCUCAACCUCUUUAAAAACUAUUUAUUAUUUAUAGGGAAAUCAUUUUACAGCUACAUUCUCUUAUUUUUUUACACACACACACACACACACACACACAUUGCAUUUUGCAUCUGUUCUGAGCAAAAAAAAACCCCCAAAACUUAAUUGACUGAAGCAAUGAAGUAAUGUUUUAUGGACUAUAUUGCAUAAAUCUAUAAUAUAAUGAUCAUUUUUAUCGGUUUUGCUCAUAAUAACAAAUGUGGACUCACCAGACUUGUUAUUGUCAGCAGUUCCCAUGAAAAGAACAAAAAACACACAUCUUUCAUGUCUGAAACAUCCAGCCUUAAAGCCAUUCAUUGUUACUGAACCUCAACCUCUUUAAAAACUAUUUAUUAUUUAUAGGGAAAUAAUUUUACAGCUACAUUCUCUUAUUUUUUUACACACACACAUUGCAUUUUGCAUCUGUUAUGAGCAAAAUAACCCAAAAACUUAAUUGGCUGAAGCAAUGAAGUAAUGUUUUUUGGACUACAUUGCAUAAAUCUAUAAAAUAAUGAUCAUUUUUAUAGGUUUUGCUGAUAAUAACAAACAUGGACUCACCAGACUUGUUAUUUUCAGCAACUCCCAUGAAAAGAACAAAAAAACACAUCUUCUAUGUCUGAAACAUCCAGCCUUAAUUUAUUGUUACUGAAACUCAGCCUUCUUAAAAACUGUUUAUUUAUAGGGAAAUGAUUUUACAGCUACAUCCUCUUAUUUUUUACACACACACAUUGCAUUUUGCAUCUGUUAUGAGCAAAAAAAACCCCAAAAACUUAAUUGACUAAAGCAAUGAAGUAAUGUUUUAUGGACUAUAUUGCAUAAAUCUAUAAUAUAAUGAUCAUUUUUAUGGGUUUUGCUGAUAAUAACAAA